GAAAAAUUAACUUAUAUAAAAAUGAAAUAUCUUACAUUUUUUACUAUCAUACAAAUAAUUACGUCAGUAUUUACUGAAAAUUGUCAAAAACCAGAAGUUACGGCAUUAGCAUAUAUAACUGGAGAUGCUACCAUUCUUACGCAAAUAGCAUUCACUACUCAAUUUUCCUUAAAAUGUAUAAAUGGAAUUAAAGGAAUUUCGUUAUAUGCUGAAGUUAAUGGAAAAGCAUUGCCAGCUGUACGACUAAGUGCCGAGAAUAAAUAUCAGGUUUCAUGGACAGAUGAUAUUAAAACAACUUUUUCAGGUGACUAUAGUAUCAAACUUUAUGAUGAAGAAAGCUAUUCUGCUAUUCGAAAAGCUAUUAGAAAUAGUGAAGAUCCGAGCAGUAUUAAACCAUUAGCUGUUAUAGUACUGAAUAAUCCAGGAAUUUAUAUGGGACCAUGGAUAAAUUCUGAAUUUUUGGCUGCUUUGCUAGCAAUAUUUGUAUCUUAUGCAGCUUUUUCAGCUAAAUCUAAACUAUUAGCAUAAAUACAUUUUUAUAGAAUUUAUAAGUAUUUAUUAUAAAUAUUAUAAGUUCAUGAAAAUAAAAA